AUGCAUCUAACCACAGACUCAGAUCAAAAUGCAAACGCAAAUCCGAGCCCAACACCCGAAGAACAAGAAAUGAACAAAACCCUCCAAGAAGCCCUAUCAUGCACAACCUGCACCCCCACACCCGCAAAGCCCGCCUUCUACGCAGACCUAGCAGCAGGCAUCUACAAUCCCACCCGGGACCCCCCGUUUACGAGACACCACCAAAAGAGCGAUGAUGCUGUUUCGCCGCUUGAGGCGGUGCCGGUAUAUAUGGAGCCUGGAUAUGGGUGUUUAGUGACGGAGGCGCAGAGGGAGCGGUAUUGGGAGUUGGUGGCGAGGGAGAGGGAGGAUGAGGUUGAUAUGGGGAUGGGGUUGGAGGAUGAGAAUGAGGAUGCUGAGCUUUAUGCGCGGUAUAAAGUCGACUAUCACAUUCAUCAUCACUAUCUUGCACGGUGUGGGGUUUUGACGUUAUGUCGGAAUGUGGAGGAGAUGCAUGAGUUGAGGAAAUGGAGAUGGAGGUUAGAUGCGGUUGAUGGACGGGGGGAGACCAGAAAGGGGUUGAAGAUGAGAAGAUGGGGAUGGCCUGGGGAUGAGAAUCGGUCUAUGAUGUUGCAGACGGCGCUUUGGAGACGGAGAUGGAGGGGGAGACAGGAACGGGUGGAGGAGGCUGGGAUCAAGUGGAUGGGGAUUAUGGAGGAAAGGAGGAAGCAGAGGGAAAAGAUGAGAGUGAAGGUAAAAGUGAGGGUGUAUUGCUGGAAGAAUGGGGGGAAGAAUCUGGUGAGGGAGGUGGAAAUGGAUCAUUUUGAUGCACUGUAG